GGUCAAAACUCGGCUCGAGUUGGCUCGACUCGAUUUCGACUCGAGAUGUUAACGAGCAUGAGUUGAGCAAGCUCUAACUCGACUCGAUAAGCUCGUGAGCAACUCAAUUAUAUAUUUUACUAAUAAAAAAUUUACAAACAAAGUUAUUUCCAUGAACAAAUUGAAACUUAAUAAGAGUUAUAUAUAUUAUCAAAAAACAAAGAGUAAAUCUUUAAUAGUAAUUAAAAUAAAUAAAAGAAAACUAUAUAAAGUAAAAAAAAAAAACAAUAAAGGGCUAUAAUUUUAAAAGGACUAAAUCUUUAACGAACAGAUCGUGAGUUAUUCAACUCGACUCGAAACUUUAACGAGCACGAGUCGAGCAGAUUUUAUUGGCUCGAAACUUUAACGAGCACAAGUUGAGCACAUAAAAAAAGUUUUCGAAUCGAAUCAAGCGCCCUUUAGCUCGUGAUCGACUUGCUCGAUUAGCACCCCUGUAUAUGAUGGACUAAUUAUUGUAACAAGUCUUAACAACAGAAUGACAGAUAGUAUGUUGUGCACCUAAAGUUUGUGAAAGAAGAAGGGUAAAAAUGUCAAAAAGAAUGUUUUAAAACAAUAUAAAACUCAACCUCGUUGACCCUCAAAAAUAUACACAAUUGCGGCCCCUACGCCGUUGGCCUUGCCAAGCCCUAUUCUUAGGGCUGGCAAACCCUGACCCGACACGAAAACUCGAUUCGAACCCGACCCGAAGUUACUGAGAGAGACCCGAACCCGGCCUGAACCGAACCCGAACAACCCGAAUUCGACCCGAUUUGAUCCAAAUUUCAUAUUUCGUAAUAAUAUUAAGUUUUACACUAUUUUUAAUAGUUUCUAAACAUAACCCGAAAUCGACCCGAAAUCUGACCCAAACCCGACCUGCUGACCCGAAUUACCACCCCUACCUAUUCUUCUCUUUCUCUCUCCUCUCUCCUCUCUCUAAAACCUCUUCACUAUUAAACACAUAAUUCACUCCUAAAUCAAAACCACUCUUCUUCUUACACAAAAAACAAACCCAAAAACUUAAACAAAAGAAAAAACCCAUCUAAAUUAUUAAUCCAAAAUCCAAAAUAAAAAUCCAAAAAAAAAAAAAAAAAAAAAAAAAGGUUUGCUUCUUUCUUAAAACAGAGACAGCCAGACAAAAAGCAGCAGCAGCAGUUUUGCUCUGUUUUUUAGAGAGAGAAAGAAAAGAAAAAACAGAGGAAAUUUUGUAAUAAAAUCAAAGAAAGAAAAAAAAUGGAUGAUGAAGGUUUUUUGGUAAAAUUAUUGGAUAUAAAACCCAUAAUUUUUACAUCAAUUAUGUUGGUUUUAGUAUUAAGAAUAAUGGUGGUUUUAUGGUGGAGGCCAAGAAAAUUAGAGUAUCAUUUUGCAAAACAGGGGAUCAAAGGACCUCCUUACAAUUUUUUCAUUGGUAAUGUCAAAGAAAUUGUUCAACUCAUGUUGAAGGCUUCUUCUCAUCCUAUGCCUUUUUCUCACAACAUUCUUCCUAGAGUUUUCUCUUUCUACCAUCAUUGGAGGAAAAUUUAUGGUUCAACAUUCAUAGUGUGGUUCGGACCCACGGCUCGCUUGACAGUCUCAGAUCCGGACCUCAUUCGAGAAAUCUUUAGUACCAAGUCCGAAUUCUAUGAGAAAAUCGAGGCUAACCCGCUAGUGAAACAACUCGAGGGCAACGGACUUAUUAGCCUCAAGGGCGAAAAAUGGGCUCACCAUCGCAAAAUCAUAACACCCACCUUCCACAUGGAAAAUCUCAAGUUGUUGAUACCAAUGGUGGGAAAGAGUGUAGAGGAAAUGCUGGACAAGUGGGAUCGGAUGAUGUGUGAGAAAGGUGAAGUUGAAAUUGAAGUUUCGGAGUGGUUUCAGGGUUUAACAGAGGAUGUGAUCACAAGAAUGGCAUUUGGAAGUAGCUAUGAACAAGGUAAAGCCAUUUUCAGGCUUCAAAGCCAUCAAAUGCUCCUUGCUGCUGAUGCCUUUCAGAAGGUUCUCAUUCCUGGCUAUAGAUUUCUACCAACAAAAGGGAAUGUGAAAUCAUGGAGAUUGGACAAGGAGAUAAGAAGAUCAUUAGUGAAGUUAAUUGAGAAGAGGAAAUUAGAGAAUCACAAUCAUAAUAAUAAUAAUAAUAACAAUAUUAAUAUUAAUGAUGAUAUUAAUAAUAUUAUUAUGGGAAAUAAUAAAAUUGGAUCAGAAGAAGUAGCAGGAAAUGGUGGGCCAAAAGAUUUGCUGGGCCUAAUGAUCCAGGCUGGAAUGAGAGAGAAUGAAAAAAAUAACAGUAUUCCAGAAUUUGCCAUAAAUAAUUCUUCAUUAUUAUCAUCAUUAAAUUAUGCCCCACAAUUAUCAAGCACUAAUUAUAAUAAUAAUAAUAUUAUUAAUAAUAAUAGUAAUAAUAAAAUAACGGUCCAAGAUAUUGUGGAAGAGUGUAAAAGCUUCUUUUUUGCUGGGAAACAAACGACGUCGAAUCUGCUGACAUGGACCACUGUGUUACUAGCAAUGCAUCCUCAUUGGCAGGACCUGGCACGUGAGGAGGUCUUAAGGGUCUGCCCAUCACGUGACUUACCCUCUAAAGAUGAUCUUGCUAAGCUUAAGAUGUUGAGCAUGAUACUAAACGAGUCACUUCGUUUAUACCCUCCAGCAAUCGCAACAAUCAGACGUGCAAAAUAUGACGUGGAGCUAGGAGGAUGUCGGGUCCCACGUGGGACCGAGCUACUUGUCCCGAUCUUAGCAGUUCAUCAUGAUCAAGCAAUAUGGGGCAAUGAUGCUAAUGAAUUCAAUCCCAUAAGAUUUGCUGAUGGUGUUUCUCGUGCAGCCAAGCAUCCUGUUUCCUUCAUUCCUUUUGGCCUUGGGACUCGCACUUGCAUUGGCCAAAAUCUUGCUAUUCUACAAGCUAAACUUGUGCUCACUAUCUUGUUACAACGCUUCUCUUUCACGCUUGCCCCGUCUUACCAACAUGCACCAACGGUGUUGAUGCUUCUCUACCCUCAACACGGUGCACCAAUCGUGUUUAGACACUUGUCGGAGGACAAUAGGGAUGAUCGAGGGGUGUCAUGUUGAGCUGUAUAGUUGAAGAGUUAGCAUGUCUCCUUUAUGUAUGCUUGCUCGUGUGCGUUCGUUUUCUGUUUAUAAAGUAAUUAUCCAAUCGAUAAUUUUGUGAUUAUGGUAUUGAGUAUUACUAAUGAGUUUUCAAGAUUAGGUUAAAAUAUCAAAAUUGAAUCACUCGUCGUGAUU